CUGCCGAGUCAGUCGCGCCUCGAGCCCCGGAGGGGCUGCACGUGUCCCAGCUCCCGCCUCGCGACUUAUGUAACCAUCCGCACGGUGAGUCCGCAGCCUCCGCGCCACUGCCUCCCCCCGAUCGACCCCUGGGCCGGCCCACGCGCGCUUAUCUACCGCUACCCCGCCAACCCCUUUCCCCGCCUCGUCUCAUAUCGACUGAUAACUCUCGACGGAAGCACCAUCGGCCCGCGUUGUGCAAUAACUGUCAGCUGAGACGUGACAUAAUCGAUGCAAUUACUAGGACCAGAGGCACAAAUAAAACUAUAAGAAAACGCGACUUUUACAAUUUUAUCAAGCUUAUAUAAAAUUCGAGCAAACGACAAAGCGCCUUCAUUCUACAAUCAAUUAUAUUAGUAAGCUAGCACUAGGAUUAUUGUUAGGAUAUUAAUUUAAAAACAAGUGCCAAGACUGUUUGUGUGACUGCGAACUGCUGAACUGCUGGUGUGUUGAGCGAACUUUAAGUUACGUUAGUGCAAGUGUCUUAUUUGUGAAUCGCGAUCGAUGCGUGGCUGCGUCGUUCGCGACUGCCGGUAGAGGGCGUUAUUGGAGCCGGCAAGAUUGAGGUGGUGGCCGGGUGCGGUUGGGGCAGGCGCGCGCGCGUGCGGCCGCUGCACGCGCUGGGCCGCGCGGCCGGAAUGUUGGCGUCACAACGCUCACAAUCGUGUAACGAAGAGGGCGCGUUUUUCGGCGCGCGCGCGCUGCGUCGGCCGCGCGGCAAGGGCAGCGGUAGUCCGCCUUGCUAGGGGUACGCUAUGUCGCUGCGCAGCCUGCACCGGAGGCUCUCCUCCGCCAACAACACAUGCGAGGAUGGUGGAGGCGGCGCAGCGACAGGCACGGGCGGGCGCGCGGCGUCGUUGCGGCUGGCCAACGGUCGCGUGGCGGCGCAGUCGGCGGAGCAGCUGCCGCGCUCACCCGCCGACCGCGCCGAUCGUGGCCCCGACCGCGCCGACUGCGCCUCCGUGCGAAUCUCUAUCGACAACACCAAUACCUGCUGCACUGAUUCGCUCGUCACCGCUCUCGAUGACGAAACAUUAUUAUUAGGCGACGCCGAUAUGUCGCUGAAGCAGGGCAGCGGCACCGGCAAGGUCCACUUCGGUGGUCUGGACGAUGUGUCCCUGUACGGCACGCCCGUGGAGCCCGCGCCACCCGCGCCCGACGCCAAGCAGGGCUUCCUGCGAAACCAGCUGCAAGCACUCUUCCAACCGACCGACAACAAGCUAGCAAUGAAACUCUUCGGCUCAAAAAAAGCGUUGAUGAAGGAGCGCAUCAGGCAAAAAGCGGCCGGCCACUGGGUCAUCCAUCCGUGCAGUAGUUUUAGAUUCUACUGGGAUCUAUGUAUGCUACUGCUUCUGGUGGCGAACCUCAUCAUCCUGCCUGUUGCCAUCUCCUUCUUCAACGACGACCUCAGCACGCGUUGGAUAGCCUUCAACUGUCUAUCUGACACCAUAUUCCUCAUAGAUAUUGUUGUUAAUUUUAGAACAGGAAUAAUGCAGCAAGAUAAUGCGGAGCAAGUGAUAUUAGACCCCAAGUUAAUAGCAAAGCAUUAUUUAAGGACGUGGUUCUUCCUAGACCUCAUCUCUAGUAUACCACUAGAUUAUAUUUUCUUGAUCUUCAAUCAGGUAAAUGACUUUAGUGAAAGCUUUCAAAUUCUCCACGCGGGGCGCGCGCUCCGGAUACUGCGGCUGGCCAAGCUGCUCUCUCUGGUGCGGCUGCUGCGCCUCUCGAGGCUCGUCAGAUAUGUGUCACAGUGGGAGGAAGUAUAUAUCUUGCAGAAUCUCCAAAAAAAGCGCACCGAACGACGAGGACGGCUCAGCUCCGACGUCGCCAAAAAGAAGGGUGAUACGAAAAGCAAUCUGAUCUUCAAGUUCCUCAACAUGGCAUCUGUGUUUAUGCGGAUAUUCAAUUUAAUCUGCAUGAUGCUGCUAAUCGGCCAUUGGUCAGGGUGUCUGCAGUUCCUGGUUCCGAUGCUACAAGGCUUCCCACCGAACUCGUGGGUCGCUAUCAACGAACUCCAGGAAGCCUUUUGGCUAGAACAAUAUUCGUGGGCGCUGUUCAAAGCGAUGUCACACAUGUUGUGCAUCGGAUACGGCCGGUUCCCGCCGCAGUCACUCACCGAUAUGUGGCUUACGAUGCUCUCCAUGAUCUCCGGCGCCACCUGCUAUGCCCUCUUCCUCGGUCACGCCACCAACCUCAUCCAGAGUCUUGACUCAUCUAGAAGGCAAUACCGAGAAAAGGUAAAACAAGUAGAAGAAUAUAUGGCCUAUAGAAAACUGCCUCGGGAAAUGCGACAACGUAUCACCGAGUACUUCGAACAUCGCUACCAAGGCAAAUUUUUCGACGAGGAGCUUAUUUUGGGAGAGCUGAGCGAGAAAUUACGAGAGGAUGUCAUCAAUUACAACUGCCGUUCGCUUGUAGCCUCCGUGCCAUUCUUUGCCAACGCUGAUUCCAACUUCGUAUCGGAUGUCGUCACCAAACUACGUUACGAAGUCUUCCAACCUGGCGAUAUUAUCAUAAAAGAAGGAACCAUAGGGAACAAAAUGUACUUCAUCCAGGAGGGCAUCGUAGACAUCGUAAUGGCAAACGGAGAGGUUGCAACCAGCCUGUCCGAUGGCUCCUACUUCGGCGAGAUCUGUCUCCUGACGAACGCUCGCCGAGUCGCCUCCGUCCGCGCCGAAACCUACUGCAACCUCUUCUCACUGUCCGUGGACCACUUCAAUGCGGUGCUCGACCAGUACCCUCUGAUGCGGCGAACAAUGGAGAGCGUCGCCGCCGAGCGACUCAACAAGAUCGGCAAGAACCCAAACCUCGUGGCACACCGCGAAGACGACACCACAUCGGAGGGGAACACGAUCAAUGCGGUGGUGAACGCGCUGGCCGCGGAGGCGGAGCACGUGAGCUUGUCGGACGACAGCGUGGCGCGGCUGUCGGAGCGAUCGCUGGGACUGGCGUUGCAGCCGCUGCAGGCGGCGUCGUGCCGCAUGGCGGGCGUGGCGCUGCCAGGACUGGGUGUGGCGGCCGCGUUGCCGCGCCCCAAGUCCGAGCACGACUUCAGCGCGGCGCAGGGCCCGCCGGCGCCGUUGGCCGCCGCGGCCGCCUUCCACAAGUCGGACGCUGGCAUCGCACCCUGACGCCGCACGCUGUGCUAGUGCGCGUGCGUGAGCGCCACUCGAUAGCAAUACUAGGCUUAGUGCGAGCUCGCCGCCUCGCUAGUUGUAGCGUAGAUAUAGCUGCGACUUCGCCGGGCCCGCCCGCUGAAUCUCAUUUUGUGAUCUUAUACUUAAUUCUCCUGUGUUAUAAUUUAGGUUAAAUUUUAUAUCAUCGACGCUGUGAGGGAUCGAAUACGUGACGUAUUGCGAUCGUAUAGAAUAUACCUGUUAUAUAUUGAAGGAUAACUAUUGAAUCUUUAUAGAGAUACCUUGCCAUUAAAAGAGGAAAUAAUUAAUUAUAUAGACUAGACUGAGAUGUAAAAUAUCACUAUUUUAUGCUUUGUUGGCGUAUGAGAUUGUCGCUGUUGUUGACGGAUACGAAGUCGAUCGCGUGAUACCGAUCGAAGAUGUACCUUUGAAGGUUCCUGGCAUAGGCCUCGAAAAUGUUAUAUAUUUGAAAUUGUUAACCGCAUACUCGUGCGCCGAGAGAGGCGGGAGUAGGCAGAUAGGCGGAGCUCCGUACGAGCGACGCACGACACGACUCGUUCGAGUCUCACAAAUCAAGAGCACAUUUGCUUUCUUAAUUUUAAUAUUAAGUAGUCCUACCGACCGACAAAGAUUAUGCGAUUUCUCACGAUUUCCUAUUUAGAAGUGGAUCAGUAGCGCUUCGGGUCGUUUUCUUUAUGUAAAUAUUGUAAUUUUGAGAAUUCGCCAGUAGGGUUUGUUUUAUAGAAGUGAGGGGCGACGUUCGUCGGAGCGGUCCAGUCAAUUAACACGUAACCCGCGGCGCGCGGCGGACGUCAAGCCCUCGUGCACCACUACACUUCGUACCUUGUUUUUAUUGUAGUCGAAGUAAUAAUUUAUUAUUAAUAGAGAUCAUUUUGUAGAAAUAAGUAGGCCGAACCGUUAACAAAUUCGGACGAAUUAAGUUAUGUGAUAGGCAGUAAGGCCGCGAGCAAGCCGCCACCUCUCGCCCGUCGCCGACUCGGGCCGUCCGCCACUUAGAAAUAGGCACGAGUAGCCCCACUGCUCCAAUGUGCAUGCCACUCGAGCUCAUUUUGCCACUUUGCUUCAUUCCAGACUUUAACUCUUAAUUUAUUUUCAGUAUCUCUAGUGAAUAUUUAUUCCAAUAAGACACGAUUUAGAUGACGCAAUCGCUUGUCUUAUGGCCGACAUAGCGAUAGGAGAACCUAGGAGCGCCGACGCCAAGACAUAUCGUAGAGGGCGACAGCGUCGAGCCGGCGGCGGAUUUGCUUCGGCGACAUUCAUCGUUGACUAAUUCUUAUAGUGUCAUGACAAUUUGUAAAGAAGUUUUGCAAAUGUUGAAUUUUUAGCCAAAAUAUAGUUAAUUGAGACGACGAACCAAUAUGCAGUAGCUUAAUAGUAGUUAAAUGCAGCCUAGUUAUCAGUUUGUCGAUUAACACCAAUAGAUACUUUAUACUUUUAAGAUAUUUAUACAAUCGAUCAGAGUGACUAUUAUGUCAAUUUAUCUACAAAAAAGAUACAUAUAAAUUGCAAUUAAUCCCCAGAAGCAUUUAUUUACCGUUGUUUUAUCUAACAUUGCCGCUUUUAUAAAUAAUAUAAAUUUUAUAGAAGAGAUCUAUUUUUAUUGUGAAGUUGAACCGCUGGAAAGUAAACUUAUAUAGAAACGUGUGUUUUUUUAUUCACAAAUUUUAAAAACAUUGAUAUUAUUCUGAUUUCUGUUAUGUCUAUUUUCACCAAAAGUGCUCAUCGCUGUCAAGAAAUUAGAGAAAAUGCAUUAAAGAAUGAUGAAAAUCG